GUCAGUCAGUCGUUCGUCGGGUAGAGGGCGCUUAUACCAGGUGCAAGUACUCGCAUUUAUCCCCUGACACAACACCUCCCCAGACAACAGAUACCUGCUAAGCCCCGACUGCACGUGAGCGGUACAAGGCCGUUUCUCCUAACCGGGCACCGCCACAGUGCCGCCAUGUGUGCGAGGACCCCGAGGUCUGUCCAAACUGCGCCUGCGCAAAAUAAACACUUAAACGUGCUCGGGUACUUCCACCCAGGUUUGUAACAGAUCUACUGCAGAAUACUAUAUGAUUGAUCUGAGCACAUUAUUGCAAUUGGCAGCUGGUAUCCUGCUUGUUUUAAUUUUGUACAUCAUCUUAAAUAAUAAGCAACGUGGCUAUUUUAAAAUUGUUUUUUACGAAGUAAAGGAAAUCAUCAAAUCUUUCUUCAUGAACCAGACCAAGGAACAAAGAAUUGUACAGUAUGUCCUGGAUAAUGCAACGCGUGGAGACCCACAGAGUGUUAUUGAUAAUAUUGACAAAUAUUGUUCCGAAAAGGAAUGGGCCAUGAACGUGGGAGACAAAAAGGGCUUGAUCCUGGAUGAAGUUGUUAAAGAGGCCAAUCCAAGUGUGCUCCUGGAAUUGGGCACCUAUUUUGGCUACUCUUCAGUUCGCACUGCCCGACUUUUAAAGCCUGGAGCACUCCUAUUCACUGUGGAAUUUAACCCAGUAUUUGCCGCUCUCGCCAAACAGAUUAUAGAAUUUGCAGGUGUUAAUGACAAGGUGCAAAUAUUAGAAGGAGAUACAAAAGACAUUAUCCCCCAUUUGAAGAAGAAAUAUGAGGUGGACACACUGGACUUUGUGUUUGUGGACCACUGGAAGGACAAAUACAAGGGUGACACUAUCCUUUUGGAGAAGUGUAACCUGCUUAGAAAGGGUUCCGUUAUUCUAGCAGACAACGUCAUUGUUCCAGGUGCCCCAGACUUUCUUGAAUAUGUUCGUACCUGUGGGCGAUAUGACUGCACAAACUAUCCGUCAUUUCUGGAGUACAUGCCUGAACAAGAUGCUCUAGAAAAAGCAGUAUUUAGAGGAUAGACAUUAUUUUACUCUUAUAGGGCUUGUUACAGCUCUGUCAACAAAGUCAUUACAAAGUGCCCUCAAAAAGUUCAGUGGUUUACAGUGCAGUAUUGGUUUUCUCUCUUAUAUAACUAGAAAAGGUCAGUACUAUGACUGAUGCAGUGAUUUUAAGAUCACUGAUUUAGAUGCAAUAUCCCACUUUUUCUGUUACCACUAGUUACUACAAAAUACAUUGAUCCUUAGAUACAGCUUAUAAUAUAGCCCAGAUCUGCAUUCACACUUCUUCAUCCACCAGAGCUGAAUCUUGAUCAUCUUAAUGUCUGCCGCAGGGUCAAUCAUAUAUUAAAGUAAAGGAACUGUUCUGACCUCUUCAGCCCAGUUCCAGUGCACCAUUUGCUGUAUUGUAUGCAUACAUAUCAGAGGUGCAUUUAGUAGCAUUUCAGGUUUUUUUUAGUACAUCAAAACCAAAGCUCAAUGCUGUUUAAAUAGAAUGACAUCCUGACAUACUUUUUUUUAUGUGUGGCUGCCACUAAAGUCUUAGAUUUUAGUAAGACCAACCAACUAUCUUAUGUGUAUGGGCUACCCUACACUUCCCUAAAAGAUGAUGGCUGAGGAAAGGAGAAUCAGACACAUUGAAUUUCAAAGCCCAAACCUUUGUCCUCCCUUUAAGAUGAGCCACUGCCAGAGAUGUCUGACAAUGUCUAAAGACCUGUGGGCUGUUUAACCAUAUCCGCCACCAUCCUAGAUCCCAGAUAUAUAAUAAGUGUAAGGCCUAUGUACAAAUGUGCUAUGUAGUACAUUUAAUAAAUUGUCAAUGAGUAUAAAAACCCUAAGUUUGUGUUAUCCUGAGAGUGAACAAGAGGGAGUGGGACAGCAGGGGGGCUUACAUAAUGUCCACUUCUCAGUAAUCUGAUAAAAAAAAAUUGAGAUGCUUAGGCUAUGUUCACACAUCGGAAUGUCCACACGGAAAAUCUCUGUGCGGACAUUCAGCAGACAUCGGCAUAUCAUGCCGGCACUAGGACACAGGAAUGCGCCAUCUCAUAGACGGCAAUGCAUUCCGUGUGGAGUCCACAGAAAGAAUGGAGCGGUUCAUUCUUUCUGCGGGCACAGAAAUUCUGCUGUGUGCACAGCACAGCAGAAUCCCAUUGAAUACAAUGCUGCUGCGGAAUCUCUGUGCGGAAUUCGGCACGGAAAUUCCAUCGUGUGAACAUAGCUUUAGUUUGGAGCAUAAUCACACAAAAUGUAUCAAUCUGGUGCAUGCUACAUAAUGUAAAACUUGUCGACACACAAUCUACUAUUUUGUGCUACCAUAUGUUUACGCUAGUAUUUUGCUCCAAAAAUGUCAAUACUAGUUUGUAAAACCUUGAAACCUAAAAUUUUAUGUAUAUGUAUCCACUGCUGGAAUAAAAAAAAUCCAUAUGCAGCCAGGUCAGGGACUGCCAUGAAUGCUAAAUUAGAGUAUGUUCACACUUGGUUGAUUUGGUAAUAAAGUUUACAGAAAUGUUUGCAAGAAAUCUGCCACAUGUGAAUACAAACACAAACCACUUACACAUGCCAUUGCCUUUACGAUAAGAGAUUAUGUGAAAAAGAAGUUACACUUGUGAUGUGUGGUCACAUUAUGAAGGGGGUAGUAGAUGUGGCAUUGCUAGCACCUGGCAGUAGAGAUAUAUGACCUGGGUCUCUUGGUACCAGCAAUCAUCACCUUCAAUUAUAUCUGUGCCCCCCUAACUCUACCACCAAGGCCCCAUGGUAUCUUCUACCAGAAAACCUGUAGAUAAUGGAAUCCCUUAUAUCUUAAUUGUAACCUGAUGUGAAAUUAAAUGUUGACCACAUCUUCUAAUUAGGUUUUCUGAGCUGUCCAAUAAUAAUGCUUACUAUUUAGGGCAGUGUUUCCCAACCAGGCUGCCUCCAGCUGUUGCAAAACUACAACUC